UCAAUUGGUCAUACUGCGUUUGCCGUCACCCGCAUCAAGCUGAAAGGAGGCUGCAACGAAAAAAAAAAACAGAGAGAGCUUCGGGAGCUACUCGUUUCAGUGCCCCUUUUGCUUCUUAGCUGACUAUCAAGUGCGGCAUACGUGACCGUGCAUUGGAGCGGACAACAUAUCGACGUGGCAUUCCAGUCCGUGUCCAAGUGGUGCGACAGACUACAUCCCUUCAUCAUUCCAGGUCCCCAUCCCUUCCCACCACCCAGUCAGGUUCCGGCUUAUCAGUCAUGCUACAAGACGUCGAACACCCGUCAUCUACAGCCACGCCUGCUGUUGACAGCCUGAAACCCUCGUCGCCCGCAAUGGCCCCGAUCGGAACUGAGGAGGGAAGCUGCCCGCCUAACGAUGCUGCUGUUCGACCGUCCCACCUGAGCAUCCCUGCAACCUUAUUAGCACAGAGCUCGGAUACCGUAUCCCCACUACCGGCGAAACAAUAUCCUUCGCACGCGUCCCUCCACCGCCGGUCAAACACCGAAAUUAUACAGCGGCACGCCCCUCUUCCCUCUCGAAAGCUUUUCUCCGACCAGUCCAAAACGUUCGAAGACCUCGACAGCGCGAACCAUCGUCCCAGUCCCCCGACCGAGAACACCGCACGCCGCAGGCUUGAGGAAGGUGCGAAACGUCUAUCUGGCUGGUUCCAAGGCAAAUCGCAGCCCGUGAAUCUGGGAGUAGGAUAUCAGGCCGACGAACCGGACGACGAGGAGGACGCCAUGGAGCGACGAGGUGCUCGUGAGCCGUACGUGAUGCCCACAGCUCCGACUGGCCUCACUAGCCGGGCACAGAAGCGGAUGACGGCACCUUCGCCCUUGAAGCAGGUCACUUCGUCGAGUCCGUUCUCAUUCUUCGGGUUAAAACGCCAAGGGGAAGCCAGGCUUGAGCUUCCUGAGCCUGCGCACGACGAGUUUCUGAACCUCGACAUCAAUGCUGCUCUAUUCCCUCCUGGGUUCAGUAAUCUAGAAGGUCGGGACGCUUUCGACGCAUUACGGAGCAAUGCGGAUACCAUUCUCAGACGACUACAAGCAGCUUAUAAGCAACGGACCUUUGCCUUGCACGAAGUUUUGGCCGACAAGAGCGAAAAGCAAGAGGAACUCGAGAUAACACGAACACGCAUAGGUAACCUGAAAAUACAACUGGACGGCAUGGCCGAAAAGGUCAUCCAGCAGGAGAAAGCCAUGAAGGCCAUGGCCGAAGAACUAGAGCAGGAAAGGCAGUUGCGUCGCAAGGAGGAAGAUGCGCGUCGCCGCAGUGUUAUGCUCAUCAGAUCAAGUGAUGACGAUGACGGCACAUCGGACCUUGCCGCGGAGCUUCAGACACCCAAGCGUAGCAUGAAACGGGCCAGCAAUGGUACCUUCACAAGCGACUCCGGGUUUGACUCUGGAGACGAGAGUCUCGCGGAGAGUGUCUUCUCCCGGCGCGAGGUGCUCGAAUCACCUGCCUCAACCGUUGCGCCAUCCCCGAACAUCUCUCAAGUCACCUUGUCGACUCCCACAUCAGUACCUGUGAAAUCCAGUCCGAAGAAAGAGCUGAAGCCUGCUCCGACCCCACCAGCGCGCCAAUCGACGUACGACCGGGUCAUCAAGGGUCUCACGCCUAAGGGAAUCACAAGCUCCUGGAACAACUCCUCCAAGUGCAACAUUUGCCAUGGCGUCCCUUCCUCUGAAGCUUGGAGUGUCCUGGGUAUUCUCAAGGAGGAGAACAGAGGCCUCAAGGAAAGGCUGGGAGAACUGGAGAAUGUGAUCGAUGAUUGUUUAUGUUUGGUUGGUCCCUGACCAUAAGCUCGGUUAUGACUCUUUUGAA